UAUCAUUUGUGUUUAGAAUACAAUAAUAAAAAACACAUUGAACACUCUACUAGCAAUGACUCUCUUAAAAGCUAAAUGUCUUUUACGGUUGGCAUCUACAAAAUCGUUCAAUCGGUUGAAUUUCUAUCGGUUCUGGCAUGUGUCCCGGGUGAUGCGCGAUUGUGGCUCCGAUUACGAGUUAAACGAUCAUAAAUAUGAUGCUAUUGUAAUUGGGGCUGGUGGAGCUGGAAUGCGUGCAGGAUUCGAGUUGGCUAAGAGAGGAUUUAAGACUGCAAUGCUGUCGAAACUGUUCCCGACAAGGUCGCACACGGUGGCAGCACAAGGCGGGGUAAAUGCUGCUCUGAGCAAUAUGGACAAGGACGACUGGAAGUUCCACUUCUACGACACAGUUAAGGGCAGCGACUGGUUGGGGGAUCAGAAUGCCAUCCACUACAUGUGCCGAGAAGCGAUGGAAGCCGUAUACGAGCUCGACCAAUAUGGUAUGCCUUUUUCACGACGGGAGGAUGGCAAGAUUUAUCAGCGGCCUUUUGGAGGACAGACACUAGGCUACGGCAAGGGUGGCGUAGCUAGGCGUUCCUGCGCAGUGGCCGAUCGCACCGGGCACGCACUUAUUCACACGCUCUAUGGCCAGACUCUGAAGCACGGGGAUCUCUGCCAUUAUUAUAUCGAUUAUUUUGUGCUCGAUUUAAUAAUGGCAGAUUCCCGCUGCUUGGGUUGCCUGGCUUGGAAUUUGGAUGACGGCACCUUUCAUCGGUUCAUUGCCAAGAACACUGUGGUUGCGUCUGGCGGUUGUGGACGCGUGUAUUUUUCAACCACCGCAGGCCAUACUUGCACUGGAGAUGGAAACGCUUGGGUUUCACGCGCCAAACUUCCGCUUAUGGACAUGGAGUUUGUACAGUUUCAUCCUACCGGUAUAUACGGAGCUGGCUGUCUCAUCACUGAGGGUGUUCGCGGCGAGGGCGGCUUCUUUGUCAAUUCUAAGGGCGAACGUUUUAUGGAACAAUAUGCACCUGAGGCCAAGGACUUAGCCUCGCGCGAUGUUGUAGCGCGUGCUAUGACAUUGGAGGUGUUGAAAGGAAAUGGCUGUGGCCCCCUCAAAGAUCAUGUCCACUUACAGCUACACCAUAUUGAUCCUGAAAUUAUUUCAAAACGUCUGCCUGGAAUAUUGACAACAGCUAGAAUUUUCGCUAAAGUGGAUGUAACCAAGGAACCCGUGCCGGUGUUGCCCACCGUGCACUACAACAUGGGCGGUGUACCUACGGAUUUCAUGGGCAGAGUGGUCACACUUAACGAUGAGUCUAAAGAUCAAAUUAUACAGGGCCUCUACUCUUGUGGAGAGACUUCGUGCGCUUCGGUCCACGGUGCGAAUCGUUUGGGCGCCAACUCUUUGCUCGAUUUGGUUGUCUUUGGGCGCUCAUGCGCCAUGGAUAUUGUAGCCAAUAGCUGCCCAGGAGAUACGCCACCCGAUGUGAGCGACAGUGCCACUGAAGAAUCAAUGGCCAACUUCAAAAAGUUGCGAAAUGCCGAUGGCAAAACUCCAACGGCCUCGUUGCGAAUGGAACUGCAGCGGACCAUGACCACGCAUGCUGCGGUCUUCCGCGAGGGCAAGCUGUUAAAAGAUGGACUAGCGAAGGUCAUCCAGCUGUGCCAACAAUUCAAGGAUAUAAAGGUGUUUGACCGAACUCUAGUGUGGAAUACGGAUCUCAUUGAGACGCUGGAACUACAAAAUAUGCUGGUCAAUGCUGUGCACAUCAUCACUGCCAUGGAAAAUCGCAAGGAGUCCCGGGGCUCGCAUGCUCGUGAGGACUUUCCGAAGCGCUUGGACGAGUACGACUACAGCGCUCCCAUUGCGGGGCAGAAGAAGAAACCAUUAGAUGAACACUGGCGCAAGCACACCUUGACCUUUGCCCUGAACGACGAGGGCUGCGUCGAUGUCAAAUAUCGCGAGGUCAUUGACAAAACCUUAGAUGACACCAUAAAUCCCAUACCACCCGCUCCACGUACCUACUGAAUAAUGAUACCAUAUAAUAAUCCAACCAUGUAAUAUAAUACAUAAUCGAGUGCAGAGCAUUGA